AUGCGAGAGCAUUAUCAACGCUAUGUAGAGGAUCUGAUGAGUACACAUGGUCUAUCGGAUUCAGCACUACAAAAAUUUCAAGUGCGCCAUCGCACGGGCUCCUUCCUUUGUAGAUAUCAAGGCUGCCAACGUUCGAAACAGGGGUUUGAUUCUGUACAGCUUCGGCAGCAGCACGAAGAAAGCCACAAUCCACGGUUUCGGUGCACAGAAUCAGAGUGCGGCUUGAGUGGAUGGGUCUUCAAGACACGAGCGCAGCUCAAGGCGCAUUCUAAACGAUACCAUACGCAUGAAGACUUACUGGCACUGACUUCAAUUAUCCAACCAGAGAUCGAGGAUACUAUCAGAUUAGGAUGGAACUUGGCAGGCUUAGCUAUAGAGGAUAUCGACCCAAGUCAUAAACAGAUAGGAAUGAGCGACGGCCUCACGUGGAAAGCUGUGCAUAAUCCUACGGUUCCUCGAUCACUAGCAAUCUCGCUUGAAUCAAGUCCAAUAUUUUCGAAACCUGGUGAAGAAGUGACCUCAAUAUGUUUUAAUCCAGUUGGCACCCUGCUUGCCGUUGCGACCACUGACAGACUUGCUGUUCUCAAUACCAUGAAUGGAUCGCUAAAGCAUUUUGUCCAAUAUAAGCAUAAGGAUUCAAGCUUGACAGACUGUGUGAGGGCUGUGUGUUUCGUGUCGUACUCUGAUAGACUACCGACUGGGGGAGACACAGUGGGAUUCAAAUGGAGUACCCUUUUGGAAUUGUCCGACCAAUUCAAAGGACACAAGAGGCGCGUACAGGCUCUGCAAUGGUAUGCUGCUGAUGAUAUAGUGGCUAGCGCAAGCAAUGACUGGACAGUUCGCAUCUGGACUAAGAGCAUGAGAUAUGUGAAGCAUAUACUGGUCGCAGAUGGACCAUUAGUCUCUGUUGCUUUCGCUCCCGACGGUCAACAUGUCAUUGCUGGGGGAAGUGAAUGCGGCAUCUACGUGUGGGGUGUUGAAAAUGGGAUAUUGUCCGCAAAAAUUGCAACUGCUGAAGACAUCAAGAUUUCAGGGCUUUGGCGUAUCCCACAACGUGUCAUCAAUAAAGUAUCAUUCAGCAUCACAGGGAAAGAGAUUCUUGCCGCGUGUUCGGACGGGACGGUCGAGGUUUGGAAUUGUUCCCCCAAAGGAAGUAAUUUCUCUGAAAAAAGUAAGCUGACUUUCAGAGGACACAAGGAUUCAGUUACUUCUGUCGUUCCAUUACACGAAGAGCUAGUACUAAGUGGUUCAAUUGACGGCACAACCCAGCUUUGGAAAGCACGGACCGGCAAAGUUAUUACGCUCGUACAAUGUGAGACAGAGAGAGUUACCGAUGUUGCGGCUAGUAGCGACGGUGGACACUUUGCUUCUGGGCACGAAGAUGGCAGUGUCCACAUUUGGAGGUAG